GGUGAAUUUGUUCUUCAAAUACCAGGAUAUUUGAAAUAUUUGGCUCCAAUGUUUGCAUUACUACGUACAGGAUCUUAAAUAUCCGAAAACUGUUUUGCUAAAUCAAGACUUCUUCUCUCGUGUUGUAUUUCUCGAGAUGGAUUAACUUUGUCUGGACGGAGCUCGUUUUUUCCUACUUCGAAACGGUCACAAUGUUGCGCAGAAAAAGUGAGUUUUUCAUUUUCCUGGACAAUGUUCGUUCUGGGAAAUCGGAAACAGAGGAGCAAAAGGAAGAGCAGCCGCUGAGUCCUUAUGAAGAGUAUCUGCAGGUUCUGCUUGAAAUGAAGAUGACGAGUGAUGAUCAGUUUGACAACUUGGAGAAGCAUACACAGUGGGGGAUUGAAUUCGUGGAGAAGUACACCAAAUUUGUCAAGGAGAGGUCAGAGAUUGAAACCAACUAUGCAAAACAAAUUAGGAAUUUAUCAAAGAAGUAUCAACCCAAGAAGAACUCUCGAGAAGAGGAUGAAAGCAAGUACACCUUCUGUCGAGCCUUCCUGACAUCUCUUAAUGAGCUAAAUGACUACGCGGGUCAACACGAGGUCAUAGCGGAGAACCUGACGUCUCAAAUCAUCACGGAGCUCUCACGCUACCUGCAGGAGCUCAAGACCGAGAGAAAAUCGUCCUUCCAUGAUGGGCGCAAGGCACAGCAGCACAUCGAGAGCUCGUGGAAACAGCUGGAUGCGUCUAAAAGAAGGUUUGAGAGGGACUGUAAAGAGGCGGACAGAGCACAGCAAUACUUCGAGAAGAUGGAUGCUGACAUUAAUGUGACUAAGGCUGAUGUGGAAAAGGCACGACAGCAAGCUCAGAUGAGGCACCAGAUGGCUUCUGACAGUAAGAGCGAAUACUCCGCCUACCUGCAGAAGUUCAACCAGGAGCAGAAUGAACAUUACUACACAGUUAUUCCCAACAUAUUCCAGAAACUUCAAGACAUGGAGGAGAAAAGAAUUGACAGGCUAGCAGUGUGCAUGAAGACGUUUGCAGACGUGGACCGCCAAGUGCUGCCCAUCGUGGGGAAAUGUUUAGACGGCAUGACGAAAGCUGCCGAGUCCAUCGAGCCCAAGACUGACUCGAAUCAGGUGGUGGAGUCCUACAAGUCUGGUUUCGAGCCUCCGGGCGAUGUGGAGUUUGAGGAUUACGGCCAGGCCAUGAAGAGGACAGUGUCAGAGACCAGCCUGUCCAACUCCAAAGAGGUCAAGGAGAGGACCGGUGGCAAGAGCAAGGGCAAACUGUGGCCUUUCAUUAAGAACAAGAACAAGCUUAUGUCCCUGUUAACAUCCCCCCACCAGCCCCCACCUGCCCCCCCAGCCUCAUCCCCGCCCUCACCCUCUGCUGUUCCCAACGACCCCCAGUCUCCCAAGCAGCAAAAGGAGCCCCUCUCCCACCGCCUCAACGACUUCAUGAACUCCAAACCCAAAAUGCACUGCCUCCGGAGCCUGAGGCGAGGGCUUUCUCUCAAGCUGAUCACACUCAAUUCCCACGUCCGGAAUCUCAUUGAGGGUUCUGGACCUGAGGACUUCAGCCACCUGCCGCCAGAACAGAGGAGGAAGAAGCUGCAGGGCAAGAUCGAUGACCUGAAUAAGGACAUCCAGAAAGAGAUGGACCAGAGGGACGCUCUCACUAAGAUGAAAGACGUGUACGUGAAGAACCCUCAGAUGGGAGACCCGACCAGCGUGGACCCCCGUCUUUCAGAAUUAGCCCAGAACAUCGAGAAGCUGCAGUACGAGGUGCAGAAGUUUGAGGGCUGGUUAGCAGAGGUGGAGGAAAAGAUGCCAUCCAAGAGCGAUAUGAACCGGAGGAGUGGACUCUAUGAGACCCAGAACAACUCGACAGUGAGCAACAACUGUGCGCAGGACAGAGAGAGCCCGGAUGGCAGCUACACAGAGGAGCAGAAUUCUGAGACUCAGGUCAAAGCCACUGUCAACCCCACCCCACCCACCUCCUCCACGCCGGAGUUCGACGACGAGUUUGACGACGAAGAAACCCUGCCCACCAUCGGCACCUGCAAAGCCUUGUACCCAUUUGAAGGUCACAAUGAGGGCACCAUCGCUGUGGCAGAGGGCGAGCUGUUGUACGUUAUAGAAGAGGACAAAGGGGACGGCUGGACACGAGUGCGCAGGAACGAGGACGAGGAGGGAUACGUCCCCACGUCCUACGUCGAGGUCUUUUUGGAAACAAAUGCCAAAGGUUCCUAAAAGUGUGAGGCUGGCUGAGGAAUGGCAGGGCAAGCAGCCUCGGAGAAAACCACCAUGUUCUUCGCGCGCUCACACAGAGUCAGAGAGAGAAAGUGAAAGAUGACCUCAAUCUUAAAAGAGAGGGACGCCCGAUUAGUACGCAUCUCAAUUUCCCCGAAAACCUUUACGAAACAAAACCUGCUUCCUCUGCGACGCGAAGCAACGAUAAGAGAAAUCCAUCUAAAUUUUAGAGCUCGUAACCCUUUCCAUCCUUAACACAGCAGUCACAACCACAGUAUUCAAUUUGCCUUUCAGCUUUGCUUUAAUGUGACUAACUGCGCUUGCACCACGCGCGCUCAUGAACGUGGCUGUUGGCUUCCUCACUCUGAACGCCCCCCCCUCUCCUCGGCUUUGCCACCCCUCCUCUUCCUUACCUAACACUGCACACCCACACACAUGAUGGAGGUUGUGGUCAGAGACAGGACGGGGAGCAGCUGGAGCCUUAUGGACAAAACACCUUCAUCACCUUCAAGUACUGAGAACCUUUACCUAAGUAAAAGUACUAAUAACACAGUCUAAACGGAGUAAAAAGUGCAGUAAAAGUAAAAGCAUCAUCGACUUAAUGUACUCAAGUAUCAAAAGUAUAACUAUUCGUUGUGCAGAAUGCCUGUUAUAAAUGUGUUAUAUUUUUAUAGAAUAUUAUAUUGUUCUGUUUUAAUCAUUAGAAAAAUACAUAUACACGUGGAGCACAUUUUGGAAAGUACAGAGUAAAUUAUAGUACAUAUAUAUCAUAUAAACACAUGUAUUUAUGUUAAAAGUAACUACAAUCGUCAAAUACAUGUAGUGAAGUAAAAGUACAACACUUCCAUCUGAAAUGUAGUGAAGUAGCAGAAAAUGGAAAUGCUGAAAUGAAGUAAAAGCACCUCAAAAUGAUACUUUAGUACUUGACUUGAGUAAAUGUACUCAGUUACAUUCCACCACUGCAUCUAGGGCUUGACAAACUCACGUUCACCCUCUCACUAAAUUAUAUUCACAGGUUUCAGGAGAAGAAUCAUGUGUUAUCUGCUCCUGUUGUGUGUUUGAACGCCUUAUUUUGAAGGUCUUGUGUCCCAUUGUCCCCACACCAUGUGUUAGCCAUGACCUCCUCACUCCUUAACUCAGAGGAGCGUCACCCUGACCUCCUUUACCUACAUCUAGGGCUCGAAAACCUCCAGUUCACCCUCUCACUUCAGUCACAUUGGCAGGUGUCAGGAGAAGAAUCAUGUGUGUGAUCUGCUCCUGUUGUGUGUUUGAACAUCUUAUUUUGAAAGUCUUGUGUCCCAUUGUCUCCACACCACGAUCAUCCCCCCUCCAGGAAAGGAAAGGAGAUCAUCGAUGGGUCAUUCUCACUCCAUCUUUCCUCACCCUCAGUGUUCCUCUCUCUGACCACACCCUCCCUCCCUCACCUCCACACCCCUCCCUCCUGACGCGGCUCAGGCUAACCCCUUUGCUGCUUCAAGCACCCUUUUUUUGCCGCAGCGGGGGGGACCUCUCAGCGUUGUGGUGUGCUGCAUGCUUGCCCUGUCUUCCUCCUCGCCCCUCUGCUGGCAACCUGGAGCAGGCAAUGGGGGGAUGUAAGGUCGGCUUACGCCGCUCCCCAGCCUCCAGCCUUUCUGUUCAGUUAACCCUCAUUGCCUGGUCGUACUGAAUUAACCUACUGUUUAGGUUCGGUGCCUGUGGUUCUUUUUUUAUAAAUCUUGUUUUUUUAGUUUAUAAAGCAUGUUUCCUGUUUAACGAGAGAGUGGUCUCCUCCUCCCAGGGUUUACCAGUUUAAUUAAAGGACGAUAGGGACCCGAAUAUGUUGUUUUCUCAAUGACCUUAUGCAUAGGUAGGUCAAGGAUGUGUUGUGCAUUUGUUUUACUGUAAGUACACAGUACAGUCUGUAUGUAAAAAAAGUUCUGUUUGGAUCAGAGUCUAACACACGUUGUUGUUAGAUAAUCAGCCCUGUGGAAAUGUCUCCACUCGGUCCAGACAACCCAAAAAUGAAGAUAUGAUUUACACCUGAUGUUAGGAUGAUCCACUUAAACCGUCUACUGUAUAUGGAAAUAUACUGUGAUCCUUAUUUCCCUGUGAGUUUGUGACUGCCCUCAGAAUCUCCUGGUUUUUUCGGGCCUUAACUUUGGUUUUCCAAGAGAAGGAUGAAGCUGUGGUUUGACGAAAGGAUUAAGAUGUGAUUAUCUCAAAACGUUUGGAGGCUAAAUUACAAGUUUUUAUAAUCAUACAGAGAAAGUAUUUCCACUGAUUCCCCGGCACAUAAUGUACGUGAUUUAAACAUUUUCUGUUUUAUAUAUUUGAUGAUGUUAAGUUGAGAUUCAGCUUUUCUUUUUCUGUUUUUUAAAGCUGGAAGUCUAUGUUGUAUCUUUUUCUGCCUGAAUGGGACUGAAAUUCCUUAACUGCAAAUUUGAGUAACAAUGAAAUUGUUCUGUAUGAAGCCAUUCUUAAAUCUCCAUCUGAUGCAGCAUUUUAGAAAGACUUCCCACACAGAAUGACGGACAUAUUGACCAUUUGGACUCGGAAGAAAUGAUCAAAACCCUGCUGAAGUUUGCUUUUCCACAACCAACGCUCUAUAUGUCAUGAUUUCAAACAACCUUAUUUUGUUUUUAACCAUAAAUCUGACGCAGAUCAUUGUAGCUCUAGAGCAUCCAUCUCUGCCAGUGCUCUGCAAAGACACCAGAAACUGCCCCGGAAAAAACCUGCCUGUACAGAGGAAAUGGCACAUUGGAAUUAGAGAGAAUAUAUAUGAAUAUAUAAAUAAAGUUUAAAAAGGAAAACAUCUAUUUUAACUAUUGAGAGUCUUACCAUUACUUUAACUGCUUUGCAAAGUAAGACUUUUCCUUUCUAAGGUCUACCAAAUGGUGUGUUUUUGCACUUUUUUGUUUGUGUUCCAUUUGGUAGCCCAUGCUUGUGUUUUGGAGCACUGAAUACUUUGUAUUGUGUUUACCGUGCCAAUUAAAUAUGCCUGGAAAGUUAA